UGGUGGGGUUGGAAACUGUGAUGAUGAUAAGGAGAUAGGAAGAGAGGUUUUGAGAAAUGUAAGCAGGUACUGAAGCCAUUAAGCAAAAGAUUAGAGAAAGAAACAAAGGAAGUGGGUUUCUUUUUUCUUUAUAUAUAUAUAAAUAUAUAGAGAGAGAAUGAGUUAGUGUGGCGUGGGGGGUUUUGGGGUGAGGACUGAGGAGGAAGAUAUGCACAAAACCAAGCCAACAUCAAUUACCACUGACUGUUUCUCUGCUCUUUACCAAAUCCAAAAAGUCUUUUUGUCAUUAGAUAAAGUCGGGAUCUCUAUGUUGAUGAUGUGGAUACCAAAGAGGUGGUCAAUAAGGGAAGCUAGAUUCAAGCUUAAGGUCAUCUUCAAAAAUCUAUUUUGCACAUUCAAAAUCCCCAUAUAUUAUUGGUUGCCAAUCAUUAAGGAAUUCUACUGAAUCAAUAGUCGAACAAGCAUCUUUGACUGCAAGUUUAGGCUUAUAGAUGGGGGUUCCACAACAUUUUCAUGGUUCCAAAAAAUUGACCUUUCAACUUCAAGAUCAGGAUUCUUCUUCAACUCAGUCAACCAGUCAAUCUUACCCUGAAGUAGCUAGCAUUGAAGAAGGAUUUAAUGAUUCUCAUGAGAAAGCUGAGGGAGGCCACAUCAAACUAGCGUCAUCAAUGGGAACUCAGGAUUUUAUCUUCCCUUCACAAGUUGACUAUAGCCAGUCCCUUGGUCGAUUUCCUAUCCAUUUUGCUGAACCUUAUUAUGGUGGUUUACUGGCUGCUUAUGGUCCACAGACAAUGAUUCAUCAUCCCCAGGUGUUUGGAAUGGCUUCUGCGCGAGUGCCACUGCCUCUUGAAUUUACAGAAGAUGAACCUAUUUUUGUCAAUGCUAAACAGUACAAUGCAAUUCUCAGGAGGCGACGGUACCGUGCCAAGCUUGAGGCUCAAAACAAACUCAUCAAAGCUCGUAAGCCAUAUCUUCAUGAGUCUCGGCACCUUCAUGCACUGAGGAGGGCUAGAGGAUCUGGUGGACGCUUUCUCAAUGCGAAAAAGCAUCCGGAGUCUGGUAUUCCCACAAGCCAUGGACUGGAUACUGCAGGCUCAGGCGAACUUCAUUUGGCUGGAAAUAUGUCAGAAUCUGAAGUUCAUCAGCCUGAAAAUCACAGAGAUGGUGCUUCUACCACUUCUUGCUCAGAUGUCACAAGUGCUUCCAAUAGUGACGACAUCUUCCAGCAGCCGGAAUUCAAGUUCUCUGGCUACCCUUCUCACAUUAUUCGGUCCAUGCAAGGGCGCUCUGGUAGUAUGCAUGGUAGUGGAAGCCAUCACCAUGUUUCCGUCCUUCUGUGAGAGAAGAGGCAUGCUUCAGCAGUCUGUGUUUGGUACCAAUCAGAAGACACAGCUGCUAAUAUUCCCUUGGGAAGUCAUCCUUGGCUCAGUUAAUUUGUGUUUUUUCUUUUUGGGUUCAUUGCUUGCAAACUUAAAUUUUCAGAAACCGAUGAUCUGACUCGACUGGUUUAUGCUGUUCUUUUUGUGGUUGCAAAUACAUGUGCAUUGAGGAGUUAUGGAGAUUGAUGACAAAUUCAACAUGAUGCUACUUUGGGUGCAAUUCUGCUUGUUUGUCAAUGUCAUCUUAGUUUUAAUUUCUAGAGUACUUACCUUGGAGGGCUUAACUCCUCUCAACUUCUUGUUAAAUAAUGAUUGAUUUUAGUACUUUGUUGCUGAAUUGGUGAAUGUAUGCCAGUCCUCCAAGGGAUUGGAAUUUCGAGUGUCUUGGAUUGGAUGUUAGCACAUGUUAUUUCUCCCAUCUAUGUGUUUAUGGAAGUACUAGGAAAUUGAAUUUGAUUUUUCUUUUUUA